AUGGUAAAAAAAUUCUUGUCCUUUCACUCAGACGUGUCCGAUUACCAUAGAGACGCUAUUGCGGAUUUACAAUCGUGGGAUCCAUACAACCCAAAAGAAUGGCCGUUAAAAAUCAAGGUUAGGAACGUGAUUGUUAUUUCAACAAUGACUUUUCUGAACCAAUUUGGAUCAAGUAUUUUCGCACCCAGUAUCCCCAGAAUUGCAGAACAAUUUCUUUCUUCAACUACGGUUGUUACGCUUGGUUCAACCCUUUAUUCUAUCGGCAUCUUAUUUGGAACAUUGAUUUUUGCACCAUUUAGUGAACAAUUUGGAAGAAGACCGAUUUACUUAUUAGGAUAUUCCUUGUUCGCAUUAAUGCAAAUUCCUAUUGCAUUGUCGGUUAACAUAGAAAUGUUUUUAAUUUUUCGAUUUUUUUCUGGUAUGUUUGGUUCGGUGGGUAUUUCCAACGGAUCAGGAUCCCUUGCAGAUCUUUUCGAAAAGAAAGAUCGGGGUAAAUAUAUGAUUAUUUACUUUACGCUCCUUUCAUUAGGACCGGGCGUUGCACCAAUUAUUUCUGGAUUUAUUACCCAAAGCUCAAUUGGUUGGCGCUGGGAAUUUUGGAUUUUGUUGAUGCUUUCAGCUGUUGUAGUGCUGUCCGCUUUCCUUUUUUUGAAAGAGACCUUUCCACCUAUACUCAAUCGUAAAAAGCUCGAACGGACUGGUAAACUUGGAGAGAAUGAAAUAGUUGCGAAACGCCUUACUGGUACUGAACUCUUGAAAAAAUGGGUUGUAUUAUUAAGCAUGAGGAAGCCGCUUCAUAUGCUUGUAACACAACCAAUCCUAAUCUGUGUUGCAUUCACGGUAGGCACCGUUUUCGGGAUUUUACAACUGGUCUUCAUGGCUUUUUCUCAAGCAUGGGAAAGAUUAUACAACUUCAACGUGGGUAUCAGUGGACUAAUGUAUGUUUCUAUAUCUGUGGGCCUUUUAAUCGCUGUAUUUAUAGCCUUACCAAUAAACCAAAAGUUUUAUAUUUACUUACUAAAACAGCAUGGCGGUGAAAGUGAACCCGAAUUCCGAUUACCAAUGGGCAUUCUUGGAUGCCUUCUUUUUGAAAUUGGUAUAUUGAUUUUUGGCUGGACUGCAAAUUACAAAGUAUUUUGGUUUGUACCUUUGAUAGGCUCAACGCUCCUUGGCGCUGGAUCUGUUAUGACUUCAAAUCCCUUAAACAUGUAUAUCGUGGAUACUUAUGGUAUUUACUCUGCUAGCGCAUCAGCAGCAGUGAAAGUUUUACAGCUCGCAUUUGGCGGCACAUUCCCAUUGUUCGCAGAAUCUUUAUUCCUUCGUCUUGGAUAUGGAUGGGGCUGUACGCUACUUGCUUUCAUUUUUUUAGCUUGUAGCGUAAGUAUUCCACUUUUAUUCCUUCACGGAGAGAAAAUUCGCAAAUUGAAAACUUUUGAUUUAGCCAGAUACUAA